GCCACUUGGCCGGGGGAGUCUCGCGCGACAUCCGGGCUUUGAGCGGAUCCUUUUCUCCUCCUUCCUCCCUCCCCUUGCGCGUCCCGUAAUGGCAGCGCGGGAAGGUGGAGGAGUUCGGCUGAGUAAAUGCGAAGGUGACUGUUCUGCUCAAUUUGGAUGUUUAGCCUGAUGCGCUCGGCAGGAUUUCUGUUGUGUUUUUUCAUGGAGGCUGAGGGCAAACUCGGAAGGAGACAGACGGCUCAUGGCUUCUGAUUCUAUGGUCCCAGCUCAAGCAAAGCAUCAUUCAGUAAAAGGGAAAAGGCGGCAGCCGCAGCAGGAGAGGUCACCUUUGAACAGUGAUGGGGAAGAAGAAAUAUUUGUAUUUGAAGCAAAUGAAGCUUGGAAGGAUUUUCACAACUCUCUCCUUCGUUUCUAUGAAGCUGGGGAGCUUUGUGAUGUCACACUGAAGGUGGGUUCAAAGCUAAUUUCCUGUCACAAGCUAGUGCUGGCCUGUGUCAUCCCUUACUUCCGAGCCAUGUUUCUUUCUGAAAUGGCAGAAGCCAAGCAGACGCUGAUUGAGAUCAAAGAUUUUGAUGGGGAUGCCAUCGAAGAUUUGGUCAAGUUUGUCUAUUCAUCACGACUGACGCUGACCGUUGACAAUGUCCAGCCUCUCUUGUAUGCGGCCUGCAUUCUCCAGGUGGAGGUAGUGGCGAAAGCUUGCUGCGAGUACAUGAAGCUGCACUUCCACCCGUCCAACUGCCUGGCAGUGAGGGCCUUUGCCGAGAGUCACAACCGUAUUGACUUGAUGGACAUGGCCGAUCGAUAUGCCUGUGAACACUUUGCUGAAGUGGUGGACUGUGAAGACUUUGUGAGUGUGUCACCUCAGCACCUCCAUAAACUGUUGUCUUCCAAUGACCUGAGCAUUGAGAGUGAGAAACAAGUUUAUAAUGCUGCCAUUAAAUGGCUUCUAGCCAAUCCACAGCAUCAUGCUACCUGGCUAGAUGAAAUACUUGCCCAGGUGCGCCUGCCUCUGUUGCCCAUUUGUUUCCUCAUGGGUGUAGUGGCUAAAGAAGAGAUUGUCAAGCAGAACCUAAAAUGUAGGGACUUGCUGGAUGAAGCACGAAACUACCACCUUCACCUGAGCAGUCACACGGUACCAGACUUUGAGUAUUCUGUCCGGACAACACCGAGGAAGCACACGGCAGGUGUCCUUUUCUGUGUUGGUGGUCGUGGUGGUUCUGGCGACCCAUUUCGCAGCAUCGAAUGCUACUCAAUAAAUAAAAACAGCUGGUUUUUUGGCCCGGAAAUGAACAGCAGGAGGAGGCAUGUGGGAGUAAUUUCUGUGGGAGGGAAAGUGUAUGCUGUGGGUGGGCAUGAUGGCAAUGAGCACCUGGGCAGCAUGGAAAUGUUCGAUCCCCUCACAAACAAAUGGAUGAUGAAAGCCUCCAUGAAUACUAAGAGGAGAGGAAUUGCGCUAGCCUCUCUCGGAGGUCCAAUCUAUGCCAUAGGAGGACUGGAUGAUAACACCUGCUUCAGUGAUGUGGAGAGAUACGACACUGAAUCUGAUCAGUGGAGCGGAGUGGCACCAAUGAAUACACCUCGGGGAGGAGUUGGCUCGGUGGCUCUUGUGAACUAUGUGUAUGCCGUUGGUGGGAAUGAUGGUGUGGCUUCUCUCUCCAGCGUGGAGAAAUACGACCCUCAUCUCGACAAGUGGAUAGAAGUGAAAGAGAUGGGUCAGAGGAGAGCCGGCAACGGGGUUAGUGAGCUCCAUGGCUGCUUGUACGUAGUAGGUGGCUUUGAUGACAAUUCUCCACUUAGCUCCGUCGAGCGAUUUGACCCGCGCAGUAAUAAGUGGGAGUAUGUAGCAGAGCUUACAACUCCUAGGGGUGGAGUUGGCAUAGCAACAUUAAUGGGCAAAAUCAUUGCCGUUGGAGGUCACAAUGGAAAUGCCUACCUGAAUACAGUGGAAGCCUUUGAUCCUGCUGCAAACAGGUGGGAGCUUGUCGGCUCGGUGUCUCACUGCAGAGCUGGGGCCGGUGUCGCGGUGUGUGCUUGUCUCGGCAGCCAGAUCCGUGAUGUGGGCCAGGGUUCCAGCAAUGUGGUGGAUUGCAUGUGAACGUGAGCUUGUCUGCUUUAUGAAGUGCCACCGUGACUCCAAAAGGUUUAAAUUUGAUAGUCCCAAACUAUGUAAAUCUUAAAAUACAUUUUUGUACAAGAAUGUGUUUGGUUAGCUUUUGGACACUUGCCAUCAAGGCUUAGCAAACAUAUCCCCUAGGGUGUUCAUCAUAGUUAGGAAGUGUAAGGGCUUGUGAUAUCUAGCACCAUGUGACUUGGCAAAGGAUUGUGGCGAAAUCUCAAGCCUGUAUAUCUCAAUCGACAAUGAUUUUGUCAGAUGUGUUCCUCCCACAUGUUUCUGCUUUGGCAUUUAAGACAAUCGUCUAAAGAAUCUAACAGCUCUGUGUGUCUUUUAGUUAAAAGAAACGGCUGCCUUUUGUGGGUAAGCAUGUUCUGCUGUAAUACCAUGCAAAUCUGAAUUGGCCCUGUGGUCUCCAGGUUCCUGAAGAGCGUUAAGUAGGAGAAUGCCUUGUAUGUCACCCAAGAGGUGUCAUGGUUGGACGGAAGCACUCAAGUCACUGUUGCUCUGGCAUCGUCAUGCGGCGGGUGCAGACCCCCCCCAUGCCACUGCUCUCAGCCACACAGCAGUUCCAGUUCAGCUCACCCUUGUGUGGUUGCAGGUCAUGUGCCACUUGUGUUAUCCCCAGUGCAAGUAGUGUGCAACCUGCAGUUGCACAAGGGUGAGCUGCACCAGAAUAGUCCUCUUGCCCAGUCCUGCUGUUUUGUGUCUGGGAGCCCAGCAGCAGUGUGAGUGGAGGCAUUACGCUGCAGGACACGUCAGCCAUGGAAUGUGCUCUCUGAAAAUCAAGAUAACACCGCUAAAUUGAUGUGGAAUAUAAUCACGUGCUGCUUUGUGUAGGUGUGGUUUUUUUUUUUUUUUAACAAGCUUACAAUAAAAAGCAGAAUCAGGAGUGUCCUGUUCUAGAAGGGAGAGUUAUUGGUUGCUGGGCAGCCAUCCGGAACCUCUCUCAUCCUGACUUAAAUGUCUUGUGAAUCUCUGCAUGUGGCUAGCUGGACCUUCACCCCACACUUCUGCAGCACAACCUCAACAGACUCCCUCCGCUGGGCUCCUUGAGCCCAUUGGCUUGCCGUGCAGAUGCCAGACUUGCAGGCUCCACUCGUCUCCAAACCCAGGAGCAUUUCUCAUGUUACUUUCCCCUGUCUGCAUUUUUAUGGGAAUAGUAAAGGUGCAUGCUGGGCAGUUGUUCAGCACAUGGCUUGAAAGCUGGGCAGCCUGAGCUGGGUGUGUCUGGCCCUGGAAUGACUCCUCCCGGUUGCUUGCAGGGCUAGAAUUGCCAUCUGCGGAGGACGCUGCCCGGACACCUUGACUCUCGGAUGUAGUUUGCACUGGCGAUCAGAGCAGCUGUCUGUAAACCGAGUCAUUUGUACGCAAUGGCAAAGGAAAUUGUAACCUUUUUGCUGACUUGUGGAAAGGAGGGGCUAGGCCUGUGUGCAGAAGCUGCUCUUUUGAUGUGGCCAGUCCCACACCGCCCCAUCCCAGCUUGGUUCCUCCUCAGAACACUUGUGGACUUCUUCUCUUUUGGCUACUUGUAUUCAGUCCACACAGACCUGUCUGCGAGAGCAUUUCUAGCAGUCUUCGAGAAACAGGGCAGGCUCCGCCUGAAGUGACCACAGCUCAUGAGACAAAUGGAAAUAACACUUCCUUCUGUCAUAAAAAGGAAAUGUGGGCAUACAGUAUAUGAAGAAAUAAGGAUCUGAUGCAUAAUCUAGCACAGCUUCAGAAAACUGUAACUGCCUAUUUCUGAAUUUUUUUUGAGAUGGGAGAAACGUGCACAACCAAAGUCUUAUGCCUGAAACUCUGGGUUGGAACAUGAUACAGGCAUAAGAAUACUGUGUUUCUUAGAGAAACAGUUAUGCAAUUAUCUAUAUUCAGUACUCUGGUAGGAAGACUAAUUCUAUCACAAAUCACUGCUUUACUAUUGCACUGCCGCUUCUAAAACCUGUUUUUGUAUUAGUCUGUGGUAUCCAGUGGACAAAAUGCAGAAUGAAGUGGUGUAUCCUGUUGUAUGAAAACUGUAGAACCUGUAAUAAAAUGCAUUUCUAUUUA